AUGAUUGCUUCCUCCUCGAUAGGUCCCUUGCUGGUUAUGGUAGGAGUUGUUGUUGGAGUUCCGGCGUGGGGUGCUUUGGCCUUGACGAGUCACAUUGUUGGAAGAGAUAACUACAGAAAACUUGGGAACACAGGGUUCCAGGGGCGCUGCUCCUGUGGGGUUCCAAAAGGCAUCGUCUCUGGUGGGUCUAGGGGCAGCACCCCUAGAGGAAUAGGCAUGUCACCCGUGGUGUGGUCUAGGUGCCGCUUACCUAGCGGAAUAUGCAUAAACUUAGAUCUGUUUUCGUAUUCCGUCCAUGGGUUAUCUAUUGCUUGUGUCCCUAGGUUACUGUCGCUUGCGUCCAUUGGUUAUCUGGCUCUUGCUGCCAUUCGUAAUCGGUGCAAUCCUGUCAUUGGUUAUGUGGGUCUUCCUGCGGUUGGUAUUCGUUCCCUUGCGUCCAUUGGUUAUGUGGCUCCUGAUGCCAUUGAUGUUCGGUAUGUUGUGUCCAUUAGUUGUUUGGCUACUGCUGCCAUUGUUGUUCGGUAUGUUGCAUCCAUUGGUUCUCUGACUCAUGUUGCCAUUGUUGUUCGGUAUGUUGCGUCCAUUGGUUCUCUAGCUCAUGUUGCCAUUGGUUUUCGGUCGUUUGUGUCGGUUCCUCUUCUGUCACUUUUGUCCCACUCCCUGACGCCCCAGUAG